AUCAAAAAAUUAGAAAACAAAAUCAACAAUGGUGGGGUUUGGAGGCGCGCUGUAGGAUGCCUUGCGUUUAACGCCUCCGGACUUGAAGGCCUUAAUUAAUCCAUGUCUUAACACGACUUUCAAAUCCAAAUCUCUCAUUCGAACACAAAGUCUCUGCAACUAAUAAAAGAAUUUCCUUCUUUAGCAUCCUGUGCUAAAAUAUUGUAAGCCGCCAUGAGGUGCGCGGUUUUGGCGGAAGAAAUGCAGGGGCCAAUGGGCACGUGUGCAUGUCUGUGUCAGGGUUUCUUAUCCUUGUGUCUUAUUGUAAGCUAAAUCAAUGGCGGAGUAGAAUUCUGUGUCCUUGUUUUGUAAGAGCUUGUUCGGAGAUCAUUUGUGUUAGGAUGGUGAAUGAAAAUCUAUAAUUCAGGUUUGAGUUGGAAGGAUCUUGCCAAAUUUGGCGGCAUUUGGAUUUCAAACAGUAGCAGGACGAGAGGAUGGACUUCUUCACAAAGUAUUGUUGUGUCGGACCUUUUAAUAGGACAGUAGAGAAGAAAAGCAGCACUUGGAGGAUUUUCUCCUUGAAGGAGCUGCAUGCAGCUACAAACAAUUUCAAUUAUGAUAAUAAACUUGGAGAAGGGGGUUUUGGAAGUGUCUACUGGGGUCAACUUUGGGAUGGUUCACAAAUUGCUGUCAAAAGAUUAAAGGUCUGGAGCACCAAAGCUGAAAUGGAAUUUGCAGUGGAAGUUGAGAUUCUUGGUCGAGUUCGGCAUAAAAAUUUGUUGAGUUUGCGAGGAUACUGUGCUGAGGGGCAGGAACGUCUUAUAGUCUAUGACUACAUGCCAAAUCUCAGUCUACUUUCACAUCUCCAUGGCCAGCAUUCUUCAGAUUGCCUCCUGGAUUGGCCAAGGCGAAUGAGCAUAGCAAUUGGCUCCGCAGAGGGUAUUGCUUAUCUUCAUCAUUAUGCAACACCUCAUAUAAUUCAUAGAGAUAUUAAGGCCAGCAAUGUAUUGCUAGAUUCAGAUUUUAAGGCCCAAGUUGCUGAUUUUGGAUUUGCAAAGCUCAUACCUGAUGGUGCAACACAUGUUACCACACGAGUGAAAGGCACACUAGGUUAUCUUGCACCUGAAUAUGCCAUGUGGGGAAAAGCGUCUGAAAGUUGUGAUGUGUACAGCUUUGGUAUAUUAUUGCUUGAACUUGCUACUGGUAAGAAACCAAUAGAAAAGGUUGGCAACCCAAGUACCAAGGUUACUAUAACUGACUGGUCCCUUCCCUUGGUUUUAGAAGGUAAAUAUGACCAACUAGCUGAUCCGAAGCUCCAGGGAAAAUACAAUGAAGAGGAACUAAAGCGAGUAGUUCAUGUUGCAACCAUGUGUGCUCAAAGUGCCCCUGAGAAAAGACCAACAAUGCUGGAGGUAGUGAGCUUCCUCAAUGGUGAGUCAAAAGAAAAGCUGUUUAAAACAAUAAAUGAAAAAAAGGACAAAAAUGGGAAGUUGGAAGGUGGAAAGUACUCAAAGGACUUACUGGAAGCAGAUGAAAGUUCAGACUCAGCAAAUGUAUGCAUCGAAGAUAUCCACAAAGUGGGCAUAUGAGGGAGGCUGCAUCCUGGAUAUGAUGUGCACUAUUGGUUUAGGUUGCAGAUAAACAUUCCUCAGUCAAAUGAAAUUUGCAUUUCAUUAGUGCUUGUGUAUGAGGCUUGAAUUGUGAUACCUUAAGUUUUUUGAAUUUUGAAAAACUCAGCUAAAAUGAGAUUUUAGAGUGGAGUCACCCUCCUUGUUUUUAGUCUGUUUGGAUUUGCUUCUUUCACUUUCAAUCAUUGCUCUCAAAGUUGAGGGAAGAGUCCAGUUGUAUGUUUCCUUACCAAUUCAAACUGUAAAGAUAUGUCGUUUAUAACUAAAAAGGAUAUUCUAGUCUCGAGUACAUUGUGCAUUAGAUUUUCCGAGCCUUUUUACCUGUUCUCUGUAGCUGGUCUGACUAUGUAACAUUGGAGACUGCAAAUCCAGGAGAAAUUUGCAGCUGUGUAAGUAAUCCCUAAGUGGGUUUUGAACAACAUGCGUGAAAUGAUUGGUGGCAUCUUGAGAUCAGUGAUUGCUGUUAUAUUACAGUGGAGAAAAUUUUCAAAACUUAUUGAGUACCAUUAAUUAUGUUUCAGUGGAGGCAAUGAUCAAACUGCUCAAGAAUAUUCUGCUAUAUGCUCUUAUGAGCAGUCUUGUUGAGAAUAUGCCCAUUUAAACUAAGUCACUUUGUGGCAUGCAGGGCUUGUCUUCUUUGCUAUAGCAUGCAAUUUCUUUCCAUGCAGAUCAAUGCCUUUCUGAAUUUGUAGAAUAAACAAAAUAAUAUUUGUUGGUUGGUCCCGGAGUUUCUUUGAGAUUCUUGGAAUAGAGAGUUUCAUUGAGAUUCUUGUAUUAGAUUUUCAAUUAAUCUUCCAUGCGAAGAUUACUGUAGUAGGUGAAAGUGCACAAUGUAAGAUACAUUUCUUAGCAAAAUUUUCAUCAAUGACAAUAUAUAUAUCUUACUGUAA